UGCGGUCCACUACGGCCACGGUGUCUUUGUCCCCUAGACGGAUCGUAAUCGAGGAGUCGUAACCGGUAGAGGGGAUGUCACCGGCGGGUUGGCCGGUGCUGGGAGGAGGUCCUGGGACCGUGUUCAGGACGAGGAGGGACCCGCGCCUGCGGAGGGGUGUGACGUGGAGGUUGCAGGUUGAGGGGCCGAGGAUUGGCGGGUGAAUUGUCCAGCACUAGGGCAGUUAGUUUGUUGGUGUCCUAACUGACGACAACAGAAACAUCCACCCUUUGCCUGAAGGUAGGCUCUUUCCUCGGAUGUGAUUUUCUUGAGGCGGCCCAAGGGGGUGUUCAGAGAAUGGCGGCUGGAGCGAUCUCUCUUUUCCAUUCGCAUAGGGUGAUGGCAGAGAGUUCGUCGGGGGAGAGUGAUGUGGUGUCUGGCGGAUCGGAGAGGGUGUCAAGGUCCGGGGAGGUGAACUCGUCCAAGGAGGUGGUGGAGGUGGUGUCCUCGGAGGCGAUGUUGUCGAAGAAGCGAGGGCGGGGAGGGGCCGAUUCGGCCGUCAGCGAUGGGGAGCCAGUGGAUGAUGAGGAUGUCGUGGAGGGAGAAGGCUUGUUGGAGUUUGGUGAGAAAGAGGAGGACAUCCUCAUGGGGUUGGCCCGAGAAGGGGUUGUUGUCUUGGGAGAGGGGGGAGGUGGAGCGACCAUGGUGGAGGUAGUGGUGGAUGAGGGUGGGGGUGUACAGGUGGACAGUGUUGGUGUGGAGGUUGAAGCGGAGGCUUGUCCGGAGGAGGGGGUGGGUUGGGGUGUGGAGGAAGGGGGUGUGGUCGUGGUGACGACCGUGAUGGCGGGGGCGUUUCCCUCGAGCGUGGUGACACGAUUGAAGAUGGCAGCCAUCGUGGUGUUGAUGGUGGCGAGGGAGGAUGUGAGGGCGGUCAACGUUUGGAGGAUAGUUGCGAGUUCCACGGUGGUGGUGGUCGAAGUUGGCUGAUCGCGUGCGAGUUCGCGCGCAAUGCUGUUGACGGAGUCGGAACAAAGAUCAGACAUGUUG